CUCAGCCCGUGAACGCGCGCGGCCUUCUCCUCUCAGACCCCCCCCGCCCCUCCUCCUUUUCCUAGGAAGGCGUCCGAUAAUCCCGAACGGGCGGACGGCGGAGGGAGUUUCCGGGCCCAGCAGCGGCGGCGGAGAGCAAGACUAACCACGGAAACCAUGGCCACCGAAGACGUCAGCGUGCAUGUAGAGGAGGUGGUGGUGGUGACCACGCCGGAUAAUAUAAUGGAUGGCAGCAUGGAGGAGGUGAAAGCGGUUCUUGUGACCACCAACAGCUUUAAUACUAUGGGCUGUAGCCGGAUAAAUCUGCAGUGUGCCUGUUGUGAUGAUGUCCACGAAGCUGACAGUUGUCCUAACCCUCUGUUCUCUGUUGGGUGCAGGAGCCUAGCCGAAGAAGCCAUGGAGUCUGAAAGUGUGGCGGCAGCAGCUGCAGCCGCCUUUAACGCCUCAACAGAACUGAAAGAAGCUGUAUUAGUGAAGAUGGAGGAUGAGGACGAGGAAACUCUCGAAGCAGAGAUUGCGUACGCCAUCACCUGUGGAGAGAGCAAGGCCAACCUGAUCUGGAGAAAGUUUGUGUGUCCGGGGAUCAAUGUCAAGUGUGUACAGUAUAAUGAACAUCUGAUCAGUCCAAAAGAAUUUGUGCAUUUGGCUGGGAAAUCUACCUUAAAGGACUGGAAGAGAGCCAUCAGGAUGAAUGGAGUCAUGCUCAGGAAAAUAAUGGAUUCAGGGGAGCUGGAUUUUUAUCAACACUCCAAGGUCUGUUCCAACACCUGUAGAAGUACCAAGAUUGAUGUGACGGGGAACCGCGUGUCCCUCUGCAGCCAGGUGUCCACGGAGUAUAUUCCCAUCACCACAUCCAGUGACACUUUUACUGUUAACGGGAGCCCGGCAACUAUUACUAUAGAGACGUGUGACGGAUCGGGAGACUGGGGCAAUGUGAUUGGAGAUGAUACCCUGGUCUUUUGGCAGGGGCUGCGUGACGCCGGACUUCUCGGUGAUGUCAUUCAAGAGUUUCAUCGGGAGCUGCUGGAGACAAUGAAAGGCCUGAGGGAGCGGUUGCAGACUCCCCCCAUCCAGCUACAGGCUGGUAUCCUCUUCUAUUUUUCAGACGCUGUGCUGCUCAACAACAUUGUCCAGAAUUUCGGCUUAUUGGAUUUGAUUAAGAAAGUGCUGGCCAGUAACAAAAGCCAGAUGGACCGCUCUAGAGAGCAGUACACCAGAGAUUUAGCAGCGCUGGAGCAGCAGUGUGAUGAACACAGGAGACGAGCCAAGGAGCUGAAGCACAAGUCUCAACAUCUGAACAACGUGUUGAUGACAUUGACCCCAGUCAGCAUGCCCCCUCCGGCCAAGCGGCCACGCUUAACCCGUGCAACCUCUGGCCCAGCUGCUAUAAGCUCGCAAGUAUCUUCUCAGCCAACACAGAUCACCCUUCCCCAAGGAAUGUCCCUCUCUCAGUUGACCGGCAUCCCAUUUGGUAAAGUACUGUCUGCUUCCUCCAUUAACAAGAACUCGACUUGCCAAGGCAGCUCGCCUUCCUCCCCAGUUUUAGGAGGCUACACUAUCCUCGCCCCUUCGGGAAGCACCUUCCCAAGCACUCUGGAAAUUCACCCCGACUCAUCCAACCUCACCGUCCUGAGCACGGCGGCUAUGCAAGACAGCAACACCGUUCUCAAAAUGAUGAGUCCCAUCCAGCUGCUCACUUUGCCAGGGCUGGGCACCAUACAGAACUUUGCACAGUUAGCGUCAGCCGGGGGUACCCUCGUAGCCAUGCCCUGUGACUCGGCGGAUGGAGAGGAUGAACAUACCACCAUAGAGGUGACAUCUCUGACCGAAGACGAUAUGCAGAACUAGAGAUGCAAAGCCUCAUUAUUUGGUACCUUAACAGUUUGGACAUGUCAUGUGACUGUGAUGGAUGAUGGGAGCUUAGCUGGAGGAAGCUGAUGAACCAAAGAAGGAUUAGGGAAGUUCUGUGCUUUACAGAUCUGCGGCACAUUGCACAGAAUACGGCCGUAGAUGGUUCCAGCACCAAACAGAACGUUGAAUAUUAUUAGAGAGAGCCUCACGCCUUAGUGGUGAGAUCUUCCUGUGGUCACUCCUAGGAAAGUCUGAUGGUCGUGCUUUCUAAAAGAAGGGGCCAAGAUGGAAUCCCCAAACCUUCAGUGUUGUUAUCAUCAUCCAAUAUCUGCAUUGUACAAAAAUGUUUAGCCACUUUCUAGGAGCUCGUACUCACAGGAAUUUGAAUGUAUCGGAAAUAUGACAGCCCUGCAAAGUUUAUCAAAGUAGAUAACUUUAGGUUGCACCAGGUGAGAACCCCAUUUGCCGGUACCCAUUAAGAAGCUUCCAUGAACGCUGGAGCCCAACAGACUUUCAGCUUUCAUCAAAGCUUCCCUUAUGGGAUCAUGCAGGUUUAUUCUUUAUGAUGUUCAUUAGAAAGGUGGUGAACAGACUUGUUUAGAAUUCAAGCUAACAGGCAGUUUUUUUAUGAACCAAUAGGAAAGGCUCAAAAUACACUAUAUUGUCAAAAGUAUUGGGACACCUGCCUUUACACACACAUAAACUUUAAUGGCA